UAAUUAUUAUGCAGUGUAAGCAGCGAGUGUUGCAUUUAUUAGCUUUAUUUCAUGUUUCAUUUUUUUUUAUUUAGAUAGUGCACCUUGUUAAAAAAAGUUUCGAUAUCUAGCUAGUAACGGUCGACGCGCAAUUUAUGAGCUAUAAAUAUUAAAUUAAUAGAAAAAUUAUAUUCAGCACCAUGAUUCGCUGUAGACCGAAAUAGAUAAUCUUUAACUUUAUUGUUGUGUUUAAAAAGUUUUGUCAAGUACAAAAUUAAAAAGUAACACUCUCUUUCUCUCUCUCUCUCUCUCUCUCUUAAAAAAUUUCAUAAUACUCGUAUUACUUUAAAAUGUCUUCAUGUUGCCUUAAUAUACUUUUUUUUAUUAAUGACGCGCGGAUCAAGUAAAACAAAAAAAAAUUUUGAAUAAUGCCUAAAAUUUAACUAUUUUCGAAAUUUUCAAAGUUUAUUAGUUUAGACACUUUACUUUUUAAGUCUAGUUAUUUUUUAAGUCUUAAAAUUCUUUUUUUUUUUUACAAAUAAUUUGCUAUCAUUGAUGUUGUUUUUUAUUAAAAUUUAUUUUUAUUAAUUUUUUCUCUCAUAUUAAUUAUCUUCCUACAUCUGUCACCAAUUGCACGAUAAUAUCGUCAAUAUGUGUUAACAAAAAAUAUCGUCUUUAUAUAAAAUUGUCGACCAAUAUCAGAGCGAACGUUCUGUGUCGCUUUAAUAUAAUAUUGAAGCUUUAUUUAAUCCGCAUGUAUUUGUGCUGCUACGAUUUCAGUUGAAUUUACAUUUUCCAAUAGCGGCAUUUGGCAGUUGCUCGUCGUUCACCCCCUCGGUUAAUUUUAUUGAUUCGCGAAAUGUUAUAAUUAUCACACAUUGUGUUUGCGUGUGCACCCAUCGCAUUAAGUGCAUCUAGCAUAAUAAUAGCUCGAAAAGUGACAUAUACCGCAGCAUUUAGAGAUACUGUGUUAUAUUAUAUGUAGUAUAAUAAAUAAUUACAUAUAAAUAAAUUAUAUGUAGUAUAAUAAAUAAUAUUUGAAGUAAUAUUUGUUAAAAUCUAAUGACUAUUUUAAAUUAUCUUUUCUUUAUUAGUGAAAAACAGAAACUUAUGAUAAUGUUUGUAAAAAGUUGAGAGAUUUACUACGCCGAGAAAUGAUAAAUCUCGCUUUUAUGCGUCUAUGCUUCUUCGAUCGAGAAUUUUAUCCGAUUUUUCACAGAUAAUUUUUGCGUUCGAUUCACUCAUUCAUCCCGAGCGCACAGAUACAGCAGGGGAACCGCCAUGUUAAACUCAAUUAACGAGCAAACGCACGUUUGCAAUGUUCGUCGUUGUCGCAGUCGUCAGACCGAAACAGCAUUCGAAUAAUAUCCACGACUGUAACUCGGAGUAAACAGUUACAAGGUAUAAUUGCAUAAACAUUAGAGAGACGCAACAAAAUAGAGCCGGUGGAGUUAAGGUUCUACAUUCUAAACUCCGGUGGCAACGGAGAUGGAGUCAGGAGUAGAGACGGCGGGAGAAACGGAGGGGCACUCUGUUUGUUCCUGUGUCAGAUGAUAACUACGUCGAAGUUUCUCGAGGCAUUCAUUCCCUAUAUAUAAGUAGGGAAUCCAUUUAGUUAAUUAUAAAAGAAGGUGUGGUGUCGAACGGACCAAUCCGACCGGUUCAUUUGUCCUCCAGCCUCCGUCGAGCAUUUUGAUUAUUAACGCGGUAUCCCGAUCGCGGCUCAGUGACAAAGAACCAGCUUUACGAGAACCGUCGAACGUAUCAAUACUAGAACCUGUCGAGCACAUCGAUAGUAAAUAUCAAUACCUGCGAGUCCAAGACUCGAAUGUAAUCUUGACGCAUGAGUCUGCUAAAUGUCUAUCACCAAAAUCAGCAAAUUCAAAGCUUCCGAGAACUUCUUCACAAGCGACAAGAUGUCCACAGCUAGCUUUCGUGAAUGUUGGGAUGUUUGUGCCUCCGACGUCGCUCGUAGAACGCACAAUCCCAUAAGAUCGAUUGUAGAAAAUAUCGCCACCGAUCCCAAUCCAAAGAAGCAGAUGAUCGCGUUGUCUAUUGGCGAUCCUACAACUUUCGGCAAUUUAAAACCACCGAAGGAAGUAAUUGAGGCCGUUCAGGAGAGCGUUGCUUCGCAAUUAUACAACGGAUAUGCACCGAGCAUAGGUUAUCAGACGGCGCGAGAAGCCGUAGCUGAGUACAGCUCGAACGAACUCGUGAAAGUCGAUCCCAAGGACGUAAUCCUGUGCAGUGGAUGUUCUUGCGCACUCGACUUGUGUAUUACAGCUUUAGCUCGAGAAGGCCAAAAUAUUCUAAUUCCACGGCCCGGGUUUUCCAUCUACCGAACGCUAGCGGAGGGUCUCGGUAUUAUGGUCAAAACGUACAAUUUACGUCCGGAACUCGGUUGGGAGAUCGAUCUAGACGACCUAAAGGACCAAAUCGACGAGUCGACGGCGGCGAUUGUUAUAAACAAUCCGUCAAAUCCAUGCGGCUCCGUGUUCAGCCGCGACCAUAUACUUGACAUUCUCAACAUCGCCGCACGUUACUACGUACCCAUUAUAGCCGAUGAGAUUUACGAGCACAUGGUAUUUCCAGGACGGACUUUCCACUCGUUAGCGUCUCUAUCGACCGAAGUUCCUAUUUUGUCGUGCAGCGGACUGACUAAAAGAUUUUUAGUACCAGGAUGGCGUAUGGGUUGGAUAAUAAUCCACGAUCGUCAGAACGUGCUGGAAACCGAGAUUCGCAAAGGUUUACAUUGCUUGAGCCAACGAAUAAUCGGCAGCAAUACUAUUGUUCAAGGUGCCUUGCCCAGCAUACUUAGAAAAACUCCACAGAAGUUUUUCGACGAUGUUAUUCGUACUCUACACUCGCAUUCCAAAUUGGCCUACAAGUGCAUCACAAAGAUCCCAGGACUGAAGCCAAUAAUGCCGGAUGGAGCGAUGUACAUGAUGGUCUACAUCGAUCUGCCGUGCUUUCCGGAAUUUAAUUCCGAUCUGGAAUUCGUGCAGAGACUUCUAAUAGAAGAAUCCGUGUUUUGUCUACCCGGCCAGUGCUUUGAUUAUCAUUCUUAUAUGAGACUGGUAAUAACCGUACCAAGUAACAUGCUCGAGGAAGCUUGUCAGAGGAUUCAGGAAUUUUGUUUCAGGUAGAGGGCCACUUUUUUUUCGCCACGAAAAUCUACGGAUGGAGAAAAAAUUGCGGCCGUUGUAAAUCUUGCCGCGAGGAGAUACAGCGGCGUACAGAAAUUAGAAAACACCGAACGCGAACCGCAUUGUUUCUCACAAGGGUAAAUUAUUCUUAUUAUCGCGCGAUUUUUGCACAUAAAAAUGCAAAAAUAAAUAUUUUAUAUAAUUACCUACUUUAAAGGGAUCUCAAUUUAUCAAGAAUUUACGUCGUACCCGUAUUUUGUGACUAAUUUUAUUACGUUAUUAUCUCUGAAUAUAAUUUUCUACGUUAAUAUUACGUUUUUAAUCCUUGUAUUUCAUUUCUACUUUUCUUUUGCACCUUAUUUUUAUAUUAUAUUCCAAAUCA